CCCUUCUCCUGCAGCUCUCUGCCCCGGCGGAAGGAGCAUCCCCGCACUGAAGUUGCCUGAUGGAUUGCAGAGCUGCUGCGGACCAUCACGUUUGCAAUGGUGUGUGCGGCUGCUGUGGCGCCUUGCGUCCCCGUUACAAGAGGCUAGUUGACAAUAUCUUUCCGGAGGAUCCAGAGGAUGGGCUGGUAAAAACCAACAUGGAGAAGCUGACCUUCUACGCACUGUCUGCGCCGGAGAAGCUGGACCGCAUCGGUGCGUACCUUUCGGAGAGGCUGAUCCGAGAUGUGGGCAGGCACCGAUAUGGGUAA